UAACCGAACCAGACAGCUUGCAUGCAACGUGUAACACGGUAAGAUGGGGGUGACUCACUCCAUGCUGGUCCAAUUUGACUCACCUUGAAUGAUAUAUGUUGAUGCAUUGAUUGUCUAUCACCACAAUUCCCAGAAUUCUCACCCAGAACCCGUUACCAAUAAUCUCUGGUACUGAGCGAAACCAUGGAAGCGGUCGUGGAGAGCUCAGACUUCAACAUCGCAGUGCCUCAUCCAACAUUAAGGCUCGCACUCACUCCCCCUCGAGAGUCCGAUGGAGCUGCCGUGAUCCUUGGUCUUAACCACCCCAAGGUAUACAUGAACCUGAACGGCCCUCCCUAUCCUUAUACCGAGCAGGAUCGGCAAGAAUGGUAUGCCAAGAUCUCCAGCAACUGGAAACAAAAUUGGUCGGAAUUGGUCACUAUCCGGAAACGCGCGCAGUCGACUCCGGCCGACUAUUCGCAGCGAUCGUGGCUCGGGCGACAUUGGACGUCAACAAUUCGACAUUUCGAGGAGUCAGAUACCGAUUCCAAUGGGAAAUUUAUUGGCGAGAUUGGUGUGGAGAGAGAGAGCUUUUUGUAUAUUCUAGAUGAGGAGCAAAGAAACCGACGGAAAGAAGAGAACGAUAAGCUGCAAGCUGGUGAUCCAAACAUUACUUGGGAAAUCGGCUUCUGGCUCAUUCCCGAAUAUCAUGGUCGCGGGAUCAUGGCGGCCGCCCUGCAGCAACUAAUGGCUGAAGUAAUCAUUCCACACAUGAAUGUCCACAAACUGGUCGGGACAUACUUUGAGCACAAUCUUCCUAGCAGAAGAGUGUUCGAAAAGUGUGGAUUCACCUUCGAGACGGUGGUGCCAAAUGCCGUCGCAGUCAACCCUGCUAAGAUAGGCGGCAUAGAGGGACGAAAGGUCGGCGUGGGCGUGCUGAAGUGGGAACGAGAGUUGGGAGACUGAGAAAGACCCCGGGAUUUCCUCUAUGAAGCUGCUUAUCUGAUGUACUCGGUAGAUGGCGGGACCCGUGUCAGAACAACAAUAAUGGUUGGAAGAGUGACUUCGGGGCAGGACCCGGUACUCUCAGCAAUGUGCAGAGCCCGGGUGGCAUUGUGGCUUUGUCGCCUUGACCUACCACAGCCUGAUAUAAUGAAUCAGUAUCGCGUGCUCUGCCCUGCCCUGCCCUGCUCUGUCUGUUCGGCUCGCGUUCCGA